AUGUGGCCGACGAAGGCGACGAAGGAGUUGCACGAGAAGCAGAGUGCGCUUCUCGACGCUGCAGCAGCUGGGAACGCGGCUGCCGUCCAAGCCUAUCUCCACGACGGGGUGCCCAUCACUUGCACGAACGAGAGCGGCUCCACGUCACUGCAUGCAGCCGCCAACUAUGGGCACUGGGACAUUGUCCGCCUUUUGCUCGAAAAACGCGUCGACGUGAGCGCCAAGGACACGAAUGGGUCCACCCCUCUGCAUUUGGCAGCGAGCAAAGGACAUGUCGCGAUCGUCCGCAGCUUGCUCCAAAAACGCGCUUUUAUUGAAGCCAAAACCAAGGACCUCGAGACGCCACUGCACUACGCCUCAAAAUACAAUCACGUCGAGGUCGUGCGGCUUCUCUUGGCGUACGGCGCGAAUCUCAAAGUCGAAAACAACUGGCACCAAACACCGCUUUUGCUCGCGCACGAAAGAGGAUGUGUCGAUGUUGAAGACCUUUUGCGCAAGCAUCCCGAGACGCUAAAGCUCGUGGCCGCUUUGCGCUGCAAGCGCAUCGUGAGUGCGAGCAAGAUCCUUGAGAAAGAUAACAUCAACGUCAACCAUCGGGACAGGGAUAAGACGCCUUUGCUGCAUCUGGUACUGGCGACGCAAAACUUUCGGCUGCUUGAAACUAUGCUCGAGCGACCCAACCUCGAGGUCGACGCGACCGACGCGACGGGGAUGACAGCUCUGGCCAUUGUGCUUCCCACACGCAGUGUUGAGGCAACGUACGCGCUUCUGGACUUGAACGCGCAGCUUGGGGCUGUGAGCAAGACCACCGUGCACGCCCAGAUGCCCCUUCUGGCAGCUGUCUUGCGCCACGCAACUUUAAACCGCAACAAAGGAGUGGUCGAAGUGCUACUGGAUCACGGCGUAAAUCCUGCGACCACCAACGAGCAAGGCGAGACGGCGCUGCACCUGGCGGCUGCGAGCGGCCACACUGCUUUGGUCUACACGCUGCUAAACCACGUCCAGUCCCUGCUUGGUCGUAGCGACCAGAAGGACAAUACAACUGUGGACGUCGCCGUGAAGGGCGAGAGCUGCAUCGACGCCACCAACGACGCCGGCGAAUCCCCCCUUUUUGUCGCGGCUGCGAAUGGGCACGCCGACACUGUCAAGGCACUUCUACACGCCAGCGCCAGUACACACCACGUGGUGACCAAGGACGGCUCGACGCUGCUGCACGCGGCCGCUCUCAGUGGGAAGAAGAAUGUCCUCGACCAAGUGCUAUCGCUUUGCAGCGACGUGGAGGCCUGUGAUGAGAGGGGACACACGCCGCUGCACGUCGCGGCGGCCAAGGGUCAUGCGAGCGUCGUCGAGUACCUCGUUGACGCCAAGGCCAACACCUUUGCGACGACAACGACUGGCGACACGCCACUGACACUGGCAACGCACCCACGCGUUCUAGCCGCCUUGAAGAAUGCAGAAAAUGAGGCCAAAAAUGAGCUUGUCGACGCUGUGAGCACGCAACAGUACGAUCGGGUGCUAACGCUUCUUGCCAAUGGCUUGAGCCCCAACACCACAAACAAGGCGGGCGACUCGCUCUUGCAUCUUGCGGUGCAGGGCAACGACCACGCUUUCUUGACGGCACUUGUGCGGACGCCAGGUCUGCAGAUGGAGAUCCGCAAUGCGGCGGGCGUGACGCCAAUGACACUGGCGAUCCAAGCCGGGAAUCGCCGCUUGACAAGCCUUUUACAUGCUGCUUCGCAUGCGUUGAAGCCCGAGGUGUCGUCGGACGCCUACACCAUGGACGUCGAUGCGCCGCUCGGUGUUGGCGGCUAUGGCGCCGUGUACAAAGGCACGUACAACGGUCGCUCGGUUGCCAUCAAGACAGCAGUUGGGCCCGACGGUGCGGCGACUCUUCUCGACGAGACAAAGACGAUGCUCCUGUACGUCAUUUUUCAUUUUCAUUUUCUCAUUUCUUAUUUUCAACCUGUUAUUGUGGACUAG